AUGGAGCUGUCUGGUGUGGCUCAGCAACUCCCAGAAAACACUAACUGCUUGACGUGUUCAGAGGACGGCAUGUAUCUGGGUCUGGGUCACUCCCAGGGCCUGUCUGUGUGGUGCGCUUCGUCCUUCACCUGUGUAGCUGAGUGGCUGCAAGACAGGCUGGAGGUGACUCUUAUUCAGAUGACCAAAAUGGCUGAGACGACCUACAUGCUUGGCACUGUGGACGAUAUGGGAGUUGCCAGAGUGUUUGCACUUUAUUCUAAAGGCAUUCAUCUUCUCAGCGUCAUUAACGUCAUGAAAGACAUCAAUGAACGAAACAUUUGUUCAGUGUUUGAACUUUAUGGGGGGGGGCAUUACGGAGCUGCAUCAUUCAGCUGCAACGGUGCCGCAUGGCUCGAGGUCCUUCAGUUUCCUUUAGCUGCAUGGCUGAAAGAGUUACAGAUGGCUGCAUCACAAAAGAAACAGGACCAAAACUUACCUGAAGAAAUGGGCGUCAAAUGGUCUCCAGUAACAGUGAUGAUUAAAAUCACGCCACCCAAAGCUCCUUCAGGUUUGCCUGUUGCUGUUGCUGUGUGGUGGACUGAGAGCCAUAAUCUUCUUCAGUAUUCACUCCAAAGAGCUCCAAAGAACAAACCAGGGAGGAAAUGAAACCUGCUCAGUUUAAAAUCAGAUUUAGCACCCAUGCCAGAUGUUUUGUGGCCAAAUGCAAAGGAGAUAGUUUGCUCAGCUGUCAGCAGAUGCACCCGUUACAUAAGUCUUGGGCUUGAAGAUGCUUUGGUGUGUGUCUGGGACAGGCGAUCCGGAGCACCACUUCACAUCGUCUCAGUGCUAGCAGAAAAUAGUGCACUCCUCAGGAUGCAGUUCAUGGAUAAUUGGACCACGUCAGUCUACAGUUCUCAGGUUUUUACUGAAGAACCGGUCCACGUUCUGGUGUUGUGUAAAAGUGGAGCCACUUAUACAAUCACUGCAGGGCGAGGGGCAGAGACCUGCACCGUGCAGCUUACCGAAAGGCCAAAAGACAGCAGGGACCUCCCAAGUGUCAUUAUGUCAGUGCCUUUCCUACGAGCUGUGUUACUUGUGGUGCGAAGAAAUGGAAAAAUGUUGCUCCAAGAUGCCAUCAACAAAACCCCAGUGUGCUUCUUGGCCCCUCCUGCAUCCCAUCGAAUCGCUUCUCCCUGCAACCCCGUUUAUGCUCUGAACAGAAAACACCAAAUCCUUUUCAUACGAGGCGACCAGGAAACCAGUGACAGUGUUUCUUCUAGCACGAGCAGCCAGCUUCAGCUUUUUGUUUUCAAGUUUGAGCAGUCUGCGAUCAUCAAGCAGUAUGUCGUUUCACACCCAGAUGCCCCUGGACAAAAAUCAACACUUAGCUGUGAUACUCUGGAGGAAAUCUGCGCGCUCUACCGUCAACAAAGCGUGCUGUCUUUGGAUGAAAGGAACAAAGACUUCGAACAAACAUGGAGGAGGCUACAGGAAACUGCAGUGACAAUCCAAAAAAGACUGCAAGGCCAUGACCACCUGAACUGA